AGUCUUCAAUAUGCUCUCUCCAGAAAUAAGCAAUUUUCCCUCACCCAAAGUUAUUAUUGUUCACAAUACUAACCAAAACAUAGACUCCGUUACUAAAACUAUUAAAGUAAAUAGUUUCUAUAAAAGCGUUAUUAUUACUUGUCCGGAUGAGACAAAUGUCCCGAGUUCUCUUGAGGAAAUAAUCACCGAAGACAGCGAUUCUUACAAGUUAAGUGGUUGUCCUCUUACAGAAUUUCUAGAUAAUGUGUUUAUUGAAAGUUUUGUCAAAAAUGGAAGUUUGUAUUGUUUAUCCGCUGACAGGAACUGCGUUGUUAAAAACUGUGCAGCUAUCACACCAGAUGGCAUUCUAACCAUACAUGUUAUAGAGCAUACAUACCAGACUCUUGGUCUUGAAGGAUCAAAGCGUCCACACAAUUAUUACGAGGUUAGUAUUGAUUUAAAAAACAUCAGGAAUAUUGACCGAGUCAAACAAGGUUUACGCAAAUUGGGUACCUUUGAUUUUCACAUAUAUUGGGAACCAAAUUCAGAAGAUGUUUGUCCGUCAACCGUAGCAAGAUAUUUCCAUGACAAGAAUGUAGAUGUAACACUUUGCUCUCUUAAAAUGAAGAAGCUGUCACCACAAAUAACUCAAGUACCUUCUCUGGAAGAUGUGGAAAUUGAAGAAAUUGUUGAAUGGGUCGGAAUGUUGUGUCACAAUGCUAAUUUGAGUCCUGAUGAUUCAUAUAUAAGCACUUACAGUGAACCUGAGUGCAGUACUCCGUUAGAAACAACAAGAAUAGCUUUGCUUGUUGUUAAAGGAUUUUUAACAUCUACACUUAUUGUAGAAUUGUGUAAUAAGUUGUCAGAAUAUGUAUCAAGCAGAUCGUUGAGCAACUACUGGGCGUGUCUCAGUGUACAGAGUGAGGACACCCUGCGACGAUGGAACAACUGCACACCUAGAACAUUUUUGCCUCACAACACAUCGGAUAACAUAUUUUUUACACAAGAAGGCCAUAUUACAUAUACAAUGGGUCAAUUAAAAUAUUCAUAAAUUA